GGCCGAAUAGGGCGCCAGAGAGCACAGUCCGAUGGGGACGGUUUUGCAAGCACGCGUGAAACGAGAGGGUCGGCUUAACCACGAAAUUUAACACCAACUGUUCAACAGAGGGCCACUCCAAUACGCACAAUCCGUGCAGGCACAGUGGCGGAUACCAGUCUGUCGCGUCAUGGCAUAUUCAAAACAUCACAAAAUACAGCAUUGCGUUGCAUAGCGCCGCGUCGCUCCGCAUUGCAACGCGUUGCCUUAAGCCUUUCCUGGGGGUCCUUCGUGGGGCCGUACUCGGUUUUUCAAGUACGUGCGGCCUGAGCGGCGUAUCUGGGCAUUCGCAUGAACGCUUCUGCACCCGAGGGCGCACAGAUAGCCAUUUCGGCCCAAGCGAGAUUCGAGGCUUGCGCGAGACACGACGCGUGAGAGUACGACUCAGGCCUGUUCCGCGGCGCACGCGGGGCAUACCUCCACCCCACGGGGCCCCAUGCCCAGCUCAUGCGGGAGAAGCUGGGGCUGCAGGAAGGCGAACCGGAGGGAGGGCAGUGCAUGCUCCUGAGCACCGCCGCCUCCUCGCUGUGGCGGCAGCACGGCACCCCCCCUCAUCAGAAGGAAGUGCACGCCCUGGCCACCCGCUACCGGGCGGAGCUGCUGGAGGCGGCCGGCGAUGCGCCUCCGGCCUCCAGUUCGCCCCUGGACGACGCACUCCGGGCGGGAGCCGCCGUCCCGCACUCGGGAAGAGACUACCGAGAGUUUCCCUUACUGGGAGGCCCCGCCCUCACCAGCGUCGACCUCCACCGGGAGGAGGCGGGAGGAGGAGUGAAAAGGAUGGGGGGAGGAAGCGGGGGCGGCAGGGAGGAGCGAAAGAAACCAUCCUGCACAGAAGAAGCACCAGAACCAAUCCAAAAAACAACCACAUGGCACAGCGAGAUCGCCACCAAGGUAACUACCCCACUCCGCUGCACUCUGGAAGAACUUCUACACGGUGCCUGCCGAGAGGCCAGCAUCAACCGCAUGGCGCUUGACAAACGUGACCGACUUGGUCGCCGCGGACAGCUCCUUGGCUCCAGGCUCCAGGCCGUGAGCCCGGGCCAACUCGGCCAAAUCCCUGCGCACAUAAGACAUGUAGUACGGCUCGGCAAAGCCGCCGAACUUAUCAAUCUGCUGAUCCUGGAUUUGCCUGUCGCCCAGCUGGAUCGAGUCUGUCAGCACGAAGGUCCCGCCCGGGGCAAGGACGCGCGCGACCUCAGCAACGAUGUUGUCCUGUGCUUCGGCGGGCACCUCGUGGAAAAGGUACACGGACAGGACGAUGUCGAAGCUGGCGUCUUCGAAGGGCAAGCGCUCGGCGUUGGCCUGGACAAAGCUCGCCUGCCCAAUGUCCCCCUUGGGUGCGAAGUUGUCCACCCAGUAAGCGUUGUUCUUCCGCGCCUCCUCCAAAUAGAAAGGGCUGAGAUCCGACGCCGUCACGUCCAUGCCGGGCCAGUUGUCCCGGACGAAGGUCAUCAGCCUCCCUGUGCCACAUGCAACUUCCAAGAGCCGCACUCCUUUCCCACUACGGUCGGCCAUGAUAUUGUGCAAAUGAUCUGAUAUGUGCACCAACGAGGUACGCUGCAUCGCAUCCUGGCGUCCUGUAAAAAUGACCUCCGUCGAGGUUUCGUACACUUCAGCACUUCGCGAUGAGAGCCAACCGUCAGCCUGGUAGUGGAAUGUGUGCCGGUAGUAGGGCGGAUACAUAUCAUCUCCGGAACUCAUCCAAGUCCUCGUGUCGCUCUUUUCCGCGCUGCGCUGGAGUACACCAACAGCCUCCUGCACAUACUGCAGGCUCUUUUCGGCGACGAAGGCGGGCGACCACUGCCGGUGGCUCGGGGACAUGUCAAAGGGGGCCUUGAAGUAUCCGCUUCUGAUGUAGUCGAGAUCCUGGCGAAAAGUUGCGACGGUUGUCUGGGAUAGACCCCGGACGAACUCCCCGGGAGCCUGCGACAGCCGGCUGAGGAACUGUGGCGUCGCGGAGCCCGCACUGGUGGCGCCACGAGCGCGGUCGAGCGCCAGGGCGGCCUCCGCAACGUUCACGCUGAGGAGGCCCUGCGCGGCGAAGAAGCCGAAGCGCCCCAAGUGGUAGAGCCAGUAGGGCGCGUCCCCGCCGGUGAGAUCGACGCCCUCCAGCGGGUUCCCGAGGCCGCCGUCGAUGUCUCGGCGCUGGACCGACGCCCGCUGCUCGAAGUUCGCGUCGUCGCUGCGACCGGGGAUCCCCUCCACGGCGGGCGGCCCGGCGGCCGCCUCCCCCUGGCACCUACCUGCGCUGGCCGGCCCGCGCCUCCCCCGCCGGCGCGCGCCGGGCCGGGCGGCAGGCCCCGCCCACGAGCGCGGGCAAGCGCGAGGACGCUAGGAGGCACGCGGCCGCGACGGCCACGAGCAAGCACCGCGGCCGCCGCCGCAAGGGCCCCAUGGGGCCGCGCCUGCCGCGCGCCUGCCGCGGCUGCCGGCACGAGGUCGCAGUGGCCGUGGG